GGUUCUGGGGUUCUCCGUGUCCUCUGCCUCGUGUCCCCAGCUCUCUGGCUCCCCACCGUGUCCCGCCACCCCACCCGGGCUGUCCCCGUGUGACCCACGUCCCCCCUGGAGUCUUUGCCCCCGGUGUUCCCCGUGUCCUCCACGUCCCUCCGUGUCCCCCGUGAGCCCCGCGUCCCGCCGUGUCCCCGCACCUCCCUGUGUCCUCCCACCUCCUCCCCAGUGUGCCUGUGACCCCCAGGUCUCCCUGUCCCUGCUCGGGGUGUCCCCUGUGUCCCCGGGCCCCCAAGGUGCGGGCCCCACGUGUCACCCCGUGGGCUCCUUUGAGGUCGUCGCCGCUGUCCGGAUGGGAGUGUCGGCGUGUCCCCCCCUCCCCAACCGCGCCCCUGUGUCCGGCCUGACCCCACGCGUGCCCCGCGGGUGGGCGGUGAGUGAAGGCGGCACCUGCCCCCGGCCGGGUAAAAAUAGCCCCGGGCGGGGGGGUCGGGGCGCGGCGGGAGCAGCGGAGCGGGAACGGCCCGGAGGCAGUGACCGAAGCAGCAUGGAGGCCCUGGGAGACACCGACACCCCCACCUCGGAUGCCCCCACCUCGGACACCCCCACCUCGGAUGCCCCCACCUCGGACACCCCCACCUCGGGCGCCCCCACCUCGGACACCCCCACCUCGGGCGCCCCCACUUCAAAAACCCCCACCCCGGGCACCCUCACCCCGGGCACUCCCACCCCGAGCAACCCCGCCCCAGACGCCCCCACCUCGGACACCCCUACUUCGAAAACUCCUACCCCGGGCACCCCCACCCCGGGCACCCCCCAGCCCCAUCGGCACCCCAUCCCCGGAUCCCUCGACCCCUGGCACCCUCACCCACGGUAG